AAAGGUUCUCGUAUGUUCUAGAUUGUUCCAUAUGAUUGUAUGUGGUGGAUAUUGAACGCGUCCAAACUAUUCUCGAAAAUUCCGACGCAUGCGUGGGGGGAAGCAAAAACAGUUAUAAAUACAGACGAAUCCCGCUCACUUUCAAAUCAUCGCAAACUGUUGCAGUUGCUACACAUUGCGCCAAUUGUGAAAAUGUCUUUAUUACCGCUACUUUUCCGAGACGUGGCGAGACCGCUUCGUAUGAUGGAUCAUCAAAUGCGAUUGGACGAAGAACUGUUCCCAUUUCUCGUGUAUCGGACGAUUCCUCGUGGACGAAAUCCCUUGGAGGUGGGCGAUGGAAAAGAAUCGGUCACUCAAGAUCGCGACAAAUUCCAAGUGAAACUGGACGUGGAGAAUUUUUCACCGGAAGAAAUUACAAUCAAGGCCAUCGAUGGAAACGCGAUCGUUGUGGAGGCCAAGCACGAGAAGAGCGACGAGAAUGGGCACAUUUGCAGACAAUUUUACAGGAAAUUCGUCAUUCCUAAAGGGCACGAUAUGAAGAAGGUCGAGUCGGUUUUGUCAGCGGAUGGAAUACCCACCAUAACCGCCCCCAACAAAGUCGAACAGGUGGAGGAACGUGCCAUACCAAUUACGCACGUCGACACUAGCGAGGUACCGUCUAGCUGUACGUUUUGUUUGUGCAAGUGA